UGUUUAUUUUACAUCUUAUUCUUAUUUACGCAACACUAUUAAAAUUGCUACAAUAGUAGGAUAAUUUACGAAGAAUAGUGAUAUAUCUUUUAAACAAUAAUGGCUUCAAAAACGCCAUCUCGUGAUCUUAUUAAAAUAAUUAUCAACAAUUUUCUGAAAUCGUUACGACCUCGACAGAUAAAAGGAAACUUCAUAGGGGAAGAUUAUUUCGGCAAUAAAUAUUAUGAAAUUCCUGCAAAUGCAUCAUUAGGGAAGAGGAAGGCCUCCCGAUAUUUCGUACCGUCAGAUAAGGAAGCAUUCGAUCAAGAACUUACAGCUGAAUGGGAAGCAUGGUUACGUGGUCGGAGAAAUGAACCACCAACUCGUGAAGAGCUAGUUAGAAAUUUAUCCAUAAUGGAAAUGAAGCGGCGCAAUGCUGCAGAACUCGAUGCAACGUAUGGAGCAAAAGAUGAUAGAGGAAAGUUGUUGCCCAAAGAAAAUGAAACAAUUGGCACUUUCCCCAAGUAUAAAGAGUAUGAAAUUAUACCUGGCAAAGAUCCAGAGAAAAAGUAAUUCACAUGUAGGACUUUGCCAUAUAUUGAAUGUAAAUAAUAUAUAAAUUUAUUAUUUAAAUUAAAUACAACUUAA